AAGUGAUAGAUCUUACUCAUGAUAACAAAGAUGAUCUUCAGGCUGCCAUUGCUUUGAGUCUGUUGGAGUCCCCCAAAAUUCAAGCUGAUGGAAGAGAUCUUAACAGGAUGCAUGAGGCAACCUCUGCAGAAACCAAACGCUCGAAGAGGAAGCGCUGUGAAGUUUGGGGAGAAAAUCCCAAUCCCAGUGACUGGAGGAGAGUUGACGGCUGGCCAGUCGGGCUGAAAAAUGUGGGCAAUACCUGCUGGUUCAGUGCUGUUAUUCAGUCUCUCUUUCAGUUGCCGGAGUUUCGAAGACUUGUUCUCAGCUAUAGUCUGCCACAAAACGUACUUGAAAAUUGUCGAAGUCACACGGAAAAAAGAAAUAUCAUGUUUAUGCAAGAGCUUCAGUAUUUGUUUGCUCUUAUGAUGGGAUCAAAUCGAAAAUUUGUAGACCCUUCUGCAGCCCUGGAUCUGUUAAAGGGAGCAUUCCGAUCAUCCGAGGAGCAGCAGCAAGACGUGAGUGAGUUCACACACAAGCUCCUGGACUGGCUGGAGGACGCAUUCCAGCUCGCUGUUAACGUGAACAGCAACCCCAGGAACAAAUCUGAAAAUCCCAUGGUGCAGCUCUUCUAUGGUACUUUCUUAACUGAAGGGAUUCGUGAAGGAAAGCCCUUUUGUAACAACGAGACCUUUGGCCAGUAUCCCCUCCAGGUAAACGGUUAUCGCAACUUAGACGAAUGUUUGGAAGGGGCCAUGGUGGAGGGUGACAUUGAGCUUCUUUCUUCUGAUCAUUCAGUGAAGUAUGGACAAGAGCGUUGGUUUACCAAGCUACCUCCAGUGUUGACCUUUGAGCUCUCAAGAUUCGAGUUCAAUCAGUCCCUUGGGCAGCCAGAAAAAAUUCAUAAUAAGCUGGAAUUUCCUCAGAUUAUUUAUAUGGACAG